AUGAUGGUUCAUUAUUAUUGCCAGAAUAUCUCUUUCGACUUAACGGAAAAGGACCUAAUCACAAAAUUGCCCGGGCAGCCGCCGGUUCCAUUCAAGCAUUAUGGCGGAUAUGUUACCGUCAAUGAAAAGGCCGGUCGAGCUCUUUAUUAUUAUUUCGUAGAGGCUAACCAAUAUCAAGCCAACAAGUUGCCUCUUCUUCUUUGGCUUAAUGGAGGACCGGGUUGUUCUUCUCUCGGUUAUGGAGCAAUGGAGGAAUUGGGCCCGUUUCGAGUUCACAGUGACGGAGAAACACUCUAUGAAAACGAACACUCAUGGAACCGUGUUGCAAAUGUGUUGUUUUUGGAAACUCCGGCCGGCGUUGGGUUCUCAUACUCAAAAGAUAAGGCGGAUUUGGAGGGUGGCAACGACACUGUAGCAGCAACCGAUAAUUUUAGAUUUCUUAUGAAAUGGUUAGAGAGAUUCCCAGAGUAUAAAGACCGAGAUCUUUACGUUGCUGGUGAAAGUUAUGCAGGACAUUAUGUGCCACAACUGGCUCACGUCAUACUGUAUUACAACAAAAUGGCAAAAAAGACCAUCAUCAACCUCAAAGGGAUCAUGAUUGGGAAUGCUGAAAUUAACGAUGAGACGGACAUAAAAGGAAUGUAUCAAUAUUUCGGUAGUCAUGCUUUGAUUUCCGACGAUGUCGCAAAUCAAGUGCUGACAUAUUGUGACUUUUCUCCCAACGCAAAUGAAUCACAAAAAUGCAAUAAAGCCGUGGAUGAAGCUGAUAGAGUUUACGACGGAAAAAUUGAUAUUUAUAACAUUUAUGCCCCACUCUGCUCUGAUAAUGAGCCCAAAUUUUCUGCAGAGAUGUAUCAGCCACAUGUGAGGAGCUGGACUCUUUUUCCUUCUUAUGUCCUUCUGGGAGUUUGGAACUUCCCACCUGUUCAGAGGAGUGCUUUACCACUAAGCCUUGUUCAGCUUUCAUCUCAUUAG